GACGAGUGUGAGUGUGUGUGUGUGUGUAAAAAGCUCAUUGAUCGGACACAGCGAGAUAUCGAUCAGUGAUCAAGUGUGAGUGUGUGUGUUCACGGAGGGUCAUUUGAGGGAUGUUUUGUGUCUCUUUAUAAGAACUUUCUCAUGCUGGACGCGUCAGAUCCGAUCAACAGAGCCCAGUGAGUGUGUAUGUGUGUGUGUGUUUGCUGUCUGGCUGAAGUCGUGUCAGAUUGUUCUGAUGGCCGUCGUGAUCUUCGUUUUGCUGUUGUUCCUCACUCAAUCUCCUCCCAUCGCUCCGCGACCUACCUCUGCCCCGCCCACAAAUGUCACACGCCAGCUGCCCGACAUUAUCAUCAUCGGUGUGAGGAAGGGCGGAACGCGUGCUCUGAUCGAGAUGUUAAAGCUCCACAGUGCUGUCGUCACUGCUCGGAACGAGGUUCACUUCUUCGACUGGGACAGUCACUACCUGCGUGGUCUGGACUGGUACCGCUCGCAGAUGCCCUACGCACGACCGGGCCAACUGACGGUGGAGAAAACGCCCGCGUACUUCACCUUCAGCAAGGCUCCCAAACGCAUUCUGCAGAUGAAGCCCGACGUCAAACUGCUGCUGAUCGUACGAGAGCCGACGGAGCGUGUGUUGUCGGAUUACAUGCAGGUCUUCCACAACCGUCUGGAGAAACACAAACAACAACAACCGCUGGAGACGCUGCUGCUGCGCGACGGACAGCUGAACCUCAACUAUAAAGCCCUGAACCGCAGUCUGUACCACGUACACCUGCAGCGCUGGCUCAGCGUGUUUCCUAUAGACCGUUUACACCUGGUGGAUGGAGACGCGCUCAUCAGAGAUCCUCUGCCGGAGAUGAAGAAGGUGGAGGAGUUCCUUCAGUUAGAACCACAGAUCAACGCCUCCAACUUUUACUUCAACAAAACCAAAGGUUUCUACUGUCUGCGGGAUCACGGUCGAGAGAGAUGUUUGCACAGCUCGAAAGGUCGAGAACACCCUCAAGUGGCGCCUGAAAUCCUCCAGAAACUCUACGAAUACUUUCACGAACCGAACAGGAAGUUCUUCGAGCUGGUCGGAAGGACAUUUGACUGGAAGUAGGAGACGUUUUGAGCACAUUACGAAUGAAACACCACAAAGUCAAACAAGCUGAACAUAUAAACAGAGCUAAAUGGAAAUCUGCAGAUCAUCACACUCUGGAAAAUAUUUUUUUUUUUAAAUGUUAGGCGGAACCUGAUUUUCUCCAUGUGGAAUUGAUUGGAUGGUGCAAAGUGUCUCUAUAUGACCGGUGGAUGAAAAAUAAGAGGACAUGAUGAUGUCAGCUGUAAAAAAAGUCAUCUCUGAGGUGGAGCAUCUUUGAUGAAAGAUUAAAAACAUUUAGUUUUCUUUAGAAUAACAUGCAUUGAUGGAUCAUUCACAAUAAAGCCUGAAGUAUACUUCGAUCAGAUGCAAACGUUAGGUUUCUCCAUACAGGAUGCUUGAUGCAUAUUUCAUCAUCAUCAGAAUAUUCGUGCACUCUGAACACGUGCAGCCCGAUUUUUCUAACCACGCACUCUGAAUACGCAGAAAGCGCAUAUGCCUGGAGGUCCACAAGGUGGCAACACUCACAUUUGAGCUGUUGCUGCUCGAAGAUGAUGUAAUCACCUCUUAACUGGAGACGAAUGUGGAAACAACAACAGUGGAUAUGCACGUAAAGAACACGUGUGUGAGGAGGUCAGGAGAUUCCUGCAUUUGUAUAACUCCAGUCCAAAUGGAUAAAAAGACAUUUUUAUCGGUAUAAACUCCUGAAGAGAAAUAGUCCAGGAUCUCAUAGCGGUUGUGGCGCGCAUGUGUACACAUGCAAAGUCAAAUGAAGCAUACUUUGAAAGGCUCAUUCAACUGUUCAAAUCGAAGUAUACUUCAGGCUAAAGACCAAGUCGGUUGUUAGGAAAGUAAAUAGUCAUUUUUGAUUUCAUGUUGACUUUUAUGUUGCUGGGUUUUCCAUUUAAAAAACAUAUAGUCUGAUAUAUGAACAUAUGCAUGUGGAAUAAAUCUAUUUUUAUACCUUUAAGACAUAUUAAGAACCAGUCAGAAUAUUUUUAUAACUGCUGCUAAGCUAUUGAAUGUGUGCAUGUGUGUCUUUAGAUCACUCAGCAUUACAGAAAUUAUCCUUACUAACUGUAUGUAUUAGUUUAUGUAUUCUGUUUUUUCAGUGUUUUUAAAAUGAAGGAAAAGUGUAUUAAUAAAGUCAUUUUUGUACUAUUAUUUAAUGUAUUGUGGUUUGCGAGACUUGCUGUGUGUGUGCACUCACAUAUUUGUCCUCAAAAGAUAUAAAGAUGUAAAGGCUUAAAGUUAGUCAGUACUAAUUGUAAUUAAUAUACAAACAAUAGAAGUCUAUGGUUUAUCUGCAUGAGUGUAUGCGUGUGCGUGUGUGCAUUCAUCUUGGAGAUUCUGAUUAUAUUUGUGUUCUGAGUGGAGUGAUUGUAAUUUUACAGAUUUCUAACAGUCUCACUUUAGUUUCGUGUCCAAACAUCAUUCUAAUAUUUAUUACUUUGGUGCAAAUCACAGUUGUUAACGUAAUGUCAGUAAUGUGCAGUUCUGUGAGCUGAUUGUGUAAUAAAA